AUGGCUCCGGAAUCCAGACAUCUGGCACCAUCGUUUCGACUGCUGACUGGUGCAUCCUUCAACCUCAGAGGGAACGACAGUCCAGUCACCGAUUGUGUAACCACCGGUACCGGUGAGCUUGCCACUAGUGACGAGACCUCCGUAAUUUGUGGUGCCAGGAGCGAAGUUGUACUGAUAGAAGUCGGCACCACCAGUAGAGAUCCAAUACUGGCCGUUCUCGUCGAUGUCGCCCGAGUUGAACAGGCCGGUUGUGAGCUUGCUGACCGUAGCGACAUACGUACCCGUGCCGUUGGCCAGGAUGCGAAUGAUCUUGAAGUCGAGGAAGUGCUUGUGCUAGUGCUGCUCGAGCUGGAAGAGCUGCUUGCUGAAGUGGUUGUGCGGGAUGAAGAUGAAGUCGAGCUUGAGCUUGAAAUUGAGCUCAAAGUCGAGCUUGAAGACGAUGUCGACGUUGUACUAGUCCGUGAGGAGGAGGAGGAUGAGCUCAGCACAGUGGACGAUGAAGUCGAGCCAAGUGUGCUUGUCGUGGUUGCCGAUGUGGAUGUGCUGCUUGGGCUCGAGCUAGUUGACGCCAGCGUGUUUGCCUGGACACUGACGCUGCUGGACGUAGGUGAAGUCGUCGAAGAAGACGACGAUCUUGUCAAGGUCGAGAACGUGGAGGCGCUCGACGAACUUAGCAAUGUGUUGAGCGCAGCGCUGGCGGAGGAGCUUGAAGAGGAGCUCGAGGAAGAGCUUAUAGACGAUGUAGAAGAUGACGAGGUUACGGCUGUGCUCGAGGAAGAACUACCAGAGCUCGAAGGGAGUGAAGACGACGUUGAUAUCCUCGUGGUUGAUGUUGAUGAACUUGUAGUUAACGCCAAGCUCGCGGCGUUGACAGUGACACUCGAGGAUGAGGUGCUUGAAGGGAUGCUGCUCGAGGUAUUACUACUACUCGUGGAAGAACUGCUACUCGUCACGCUAUUGCUGCUGCUGCCUGUACUACUUGUUGUGGGAACCAGAGCCGCGGGGUUGAUAGUGACACUUGUAGAUGAAUACGCAGAGGUACGGGAUAUACUGCUGGUAGUGAAAAUACUGGCAGUAGAGCUGGUGGCAGAACUGCUAGUAGUGGCACUGCUGGAUGUGGAAAGCAGGCUUGCUUGGUUCGCCGUGGGUGAAGCAGUAGAGCUACUCGGAGAACCACUCGAAGAGCUGCUUGAAGUGCUACUCAGAGAUGCCGUGCUGAAUAUCGAGCUUCUGGUCGUCGAGGUGCUUGUCGAGGUGCUCGGUAUGGAGCUUAUUGUAGAUAACAGGGUGGCUGCGUUGACCGUCACACUCGAAGAAGUGGGAGAUGAGCCGAGAGCAGAGCCACUAGACGAUGGGGUGGUAGUAGUGCUACUGCUAGUGGAUACUGAGAUCGAAGAGCUGGCAGAGGUGGGAGAUGUUGAGCUGGCGGAUGAGCUACUGCUUGUAGACGCACUGCUAGUAGUGGACACCAAUGAGGCCGCUUCAACUGUCGGGCUUGAAGAAGACGAAGUGCCUGUUGAUAAGCUGCUCGAGAACCUGCUCGUAUCCGUAGAAGUGAUGUUGCUGUUAGGAGCUGAGCUUAAGAAGCUUGCUGUGGCACUUGACGACGAGCUGAUGACGGAAACACUGCUCGUCAGAGUCCCAAUAGUGGAGGUGGAUAUCAAAGUAGCCGCGUUAAAUGUCGGACUCGAUAAAGUAGACGAGGACAAUAUAGUUCCUACAGAAGAGCUACUCGUUGCACUUGGUGAGGAGCUUGUUGUUGCCCUGGAAGAUGAAGAUGAGACUGUUGAAAGACUGCUCGUAGAAGCGCUGCUGGUCGUUGACAGGAGCGUGGCUGCAUUGACUGUUGGGCUGGAUGAAGAAGACAAAGAAGGAGAAGAAGACGUGCCAGGGAGACUACUAGUUGUAAUUGUAGUACUGCUAGUAGGGUUAACUGUAGAUGAGCUUGCCGACGAGCUGGAGGAGGGUGAAGAGCUGACUGCGGAGCUGCUCGAAGGUGCCGCUGUUGAACUGGUGCUCGGUGACAGUAACGUAGCUGGAUUGACUGUUGCGCUGACGGAGGAAGUAGUACUGGGGACCGUACUACUGAAAGUGGAGCCCACAUUGGACGUUGAACUCGAGGACGACGACGGGCUGUUAGCCGAGGUGCUUGAAGGUGACCCUGCUGCGCUGCUUGUCGCCGGGAGCAGUGUGGCGGCGUUGGCGGUUGGACUAUCAGAUGCAAAGCUGCUGAGCGAGCUACUACUCGACGCAGUACCGCUGGAAGGCCCUGUUGUACUACUGCUUGAGGGAAGCAGCGUGGCGGCGUUCGUCGUUUGGCUGGCUGACGAUGAUGUGCUUGAGGUGAUUGACGAGGAGCUACUGGGCGGCGUUGAAAUACUGCUGGACCUGCUCGUCGAAGCGCUAGAAACCGUAGGUACCAAUGUGGCAGGGUUGACAGACACGCUGGAAGAAGUAGAGCCAGUAGAUGAUGGGAUGGGUGACGAUAAGUCAGUUGACGAGAAGCUGCCGAAAAGGCCGCUUGAAGACGACGUCGGUUGGGAAACAGGGCUACUGAUCGACGAUGUGGAAGAAGCCAAUAUCGAGCUAGAGGAACUUGAGCUCUGGCCCGCUGAGGUGCUGCUUGAUGUCGGAAGCAACGUAACAGCAUUUGAGGUCGGGGUUGUGGAGGAAGUCGACGACGAGGUCAUAUCCAAAGUACUUGAGCUUAAAGUUGACGUUGAAGAACCACUUGAGGUAGUCGGUAGCAAGCUAGCCUGGUUAGCCGUAAUGCUUGAAGACGUGGGCGUCGGCGAGACAGUCGUCAUAGUUGAUGAGCUUGAACUGCCCGUAGAAGUCGAGGAUGUGCUUGUGACGCUUGCGGUCGCGAAAGUGUUGGAAGAAUCGACGGAGCUUGAACUAGACAAUUCAGUUGUGCUUGUUGUUGAUGACGACGAUGGAGUCAAUGAUGUCGACAACAAAGAUGCGGGAUCGACACUCAGGCUCGACGUGGAUGAAAUAACAGUAGAAGAGGCACUUGGAAGGUCACUCGAACUGCUCUGGAAGAGUUGGCUGGAGCCACUGCUUGAGGUCGACGAAGAUAUUACUGUCGAUUCAGACGAGGACAGUAACAUUGAACCUGAUGAAAGGAGCUCUGAGCUAGAUGAGGCCCUCGUUGAGGACACAUUCGUGGUCGGGAGUAAGGUAUCAUCUUCUGCUGUGUUGGCUGUACUUGACGAUAUGAUACUGGAGAUGCUGGAAGAUGGUCCUGAGGGGCUACUUGAGCUGAUACUUGAAGUGGAGGACGACGGGGGCAAGUCUAAACUAGAAGGCGAGCUCGUCGAAGCGGCAAUCGUGCUUGACAGCAAGGUAUCCGGCUCGACAGUAUCCGUCGUACUUGUGGAAGUGGCGCUGGUGCCAGUGAACGAUGUACUUAGGGAUGGCUCGAAGGUCGAAGAGCUUGAGAAUAUCGAGCUCGACAACCCCGGCGAGAGGUCAGUAGAUGUUGACGUGGAAGUCAAGGAUGAGGUCGAAGGAAUGACUUCUGGCGCAGUCGAAGAGGUCGACGACGACGACAAAGAUAUUGACGAAGAGGUGCUUGUAGUGCUCGCUGACGAUGACUGGGACAGAGAAGUUGGGGAUUCUGCAGUGGUUAUCGCACUGGAUGACGUAGGGGUGAAAGAAGCAGAAUAUGGGAGUAAAUUGGAGCUUGAGAUUGUGAUUGUGAUCCCGGUGGUUGAGCUGACGGAGGAUGUCCAUAAGGUCGAGGAAGAUGAUUCCGAACUUGAAACCAAACUCGCUGGAUCAACUGAUGGGGGGCUCGAAGAUAGAGACAGCCCGGUCGAGGUUGAUGAUGAGGAAAGUGAUAAGCUAGACAAGGCCUCGACUGAGCUUUCGAAACUGGGUUCGGGUGAAGAGCUUCGAUCCGAAAUUGACGAGGAAAGGGAAGACGUCAAACCAGUAGUCGGUGAUUCAGUGGACGUCGAGACAAGAUUAGCGGGUCCAAUCGUUGGAGAUGAAUAUGGAGACGUAAACGUGGUAACGGACGAGUAUAUAGAUGUUACGGAUGCGGCUUCAUCUGAGCUUGAUUGGGUAGUUGGAGAAGUUGAUAUGACAGUAGAAGUGCUGGUUGAUGAGGAUACGGAAGAUUCGUUGGAACUAGCGAUAGAGCUCGAUGGCGAUAGGGAACCACUCUCUGAAGAGCUUGAAGUUGUCGAACUUAAGAGUAGAGUUGCGGGAUUGACCGUGAAAGAAAAAGACUCAGAGCUACUCGUGGAUAUGCUAGCAGAGGAAAGUGUUGGUGUGGUUGCAAUUUCUUCAGAGCCUGCUUGCGAGCUCACUGAAGUUGAUUCAGUGACCGAAAUACUCAUUGUAACUGAAGAAGGAGAUUCCGUGGAGCUAAUAGUAGACGUAGCCGUAGAACUUGAAGACGACAGCAAGGCACUCGCAGAGGUGCUUGAUGCACUUUCAGUCAAAGUGCUCUGCGAAGUUGGUAGUAGGCUAUCCGGGUUGAUUGUAAGGCUGGACGAAGCGGCUAUAGUGCUGGAAACAUCUGAAGAGGAGGAGGCAACAUUUGAUGUUGAGCUGACGGAAGUCGCAGUAAUGGUACUGGAACUGGUGGGAGAACCAGAAGAAGUGUCCAAAACGUCCAAAGCUGUAGAUGAAUUGACUUUCGCAGACGACUGUGGAAUUGACGAGGACGAUUCAAGUAUAUCCGUGGAACUCGAGCCUUGCUCUGUAGACGGGCUUGAUGAUGUAGACAGCAGACUGUUCGGAUCAACCGUCACACUCGAAGACGAAAAGUCAGUCAAAGAGCUCUCAGACGUAGUGGCUGUGAUUUCCAGCGUUAGACUGAUUGAAGUUGACUGCGGCAAGGUCGAUGUUGGGGUUGGUGUCAAUGAAUCUGCUCCGUUGGAGGUCGAGGAACUGGUAUCCUCACUUGUUGGGAGGGUAGUUGAGGAAGCUAGCGUAUCAAGAUUGACGGUAACACUUGAAUUCGAAGUGAUUAAAUCAGAGCUCUCACUACUCAGGGUACUUGAAGAGUCCGCAGCUGACGAGGACGCGGUGCUGGUGAUGGACGAUAACGGAUCAGACGUAGCAGUUGAGCUUGAUGCAGAUGAAACCCCUGAUGAGCUGGUCAAUUCCAAUGUUGAGGAACUUGUCUCUGUGGCCGUAAUUGCAGAUACGAUAGACGUAGACAGCUCAAGCGUCGUUGCUGUACUUGAGAUUAAUGACGAAACUGCCGCCGAGGAGCUGGUCAAGGUUUCAUUUGCCGAAUCGCUUGUCGAUAUGAUAGUGGUAGCUGGGCUAGGAGUAGACGUAGCCGAUGGCGAUUGUGAAUUACUGCUCGUUGUAGACUCUGAGUCCAAUAAGGACGUUGGACUGAGAAGAGCAGAGUCGCUUUCUGAGAUGACCGAUGUGCUGCUUUCCACGCCAGGUAAAGUACUGCUAGAUGUACUGGUAGGCGACAAGGUAUCGAGACCAAUAGUCUCCAAGGAGCUUGAAGACAACAGAGAUGAUGAAGGGAUUGAUGUUGGGGUGAAUUCAGUGACCAAAGUACUUGACUCUUCGCCCGAUGAUGCACUGGCAGAUGAUGUCUCUUGA